AUGUAUUUCACCAAGAAUCCAAUCUUCUAUCAUCGAAACGAACAUACAAACAUUCAUACCGGUGAUAAGUGCUUCUCUUGCAUGUGGGAAGAAUUUCGCCCGGUCAUCGGGGAAUAUGAGAAGGCACAUGGAGAGGAUUCAUGGCAAUGCUUGGCCCAGAUUCAGUUGAACUGUAUGCGGUAA